AGGCAAAGAAUGUUGUUGUAAAGCUACUUCUUGAUCACCGUGGUAACUUAAGAAAUUGGUAGAACCAACACGCAUAAGCUGAAGUGUUUUAGCCCUCCUGCGCCCCGCAAUGGCAUCGAUUCGUCAAAAUAUACGCAAACAUUACAAUUUGCGACUAAAAUUCAUUCCCAACCAUCGUGCACGAGCCAUGCGAGGAAAGGAAAUGCUACGUGUACCGUGAGGUUGGAAGGAUCGAAGGUCAUGGGCAUGCAUACAAAAAAUAAAUCAUCAAUUACAAGAAGAUGGUAAAUUCGACUUCACAAUGGAUUCGUGUCGGCAUCAUUUGGCGUACGAUAAUAUUGCCGCGGCCCUGCAGAAUGAUAUGGCAUCAACAUAUGACAUCGACGAAGGAUCUGUGGCUUCGUGGAAAAAAAACUCUUCAUCAAGCGACUCCGGAAAGCAAUUUUCCAAUCACACCUUCCCGCUUUGGACACGUAUGUGCAAAAGGCCAAGAAAUCGAUCGUCACUACUAAACCCACCCCAAAGUUCGAAGCGUACCCACGUACGCCAAAAUGAAACAACGCGUGAGGUGCAUCCUUGCAUCUCUGUCCCUCGCACGGUUCGGCAAUGGUCGGAAGUUCGGUGUUCGAAUUUCCGUAGGAUGCUGACUGGAUGCCCGCGGGUGUGAGGCAACGCGCGGAGCGUGCGAGAAACGUACGAGGCGCAAAGAGUAUGGCCAACCAUCUCUCUUUCCCUCAUUUCAGAACGACCCCGAGACGGCAACGCAGCAGCAUUUUUCGUCGUCCGCGUUUUUGCCUUUUUACCGUGCAGAAGCAACCGUUUUUCGAGUGAAUUUUUGGCCAAACUGAUGGGUAACGGUGCGUGACAGCGGAUGGUGCAAUCGGUGUGGGUGCGUGCUGAACCGCGAUCGUCCCUAUUCCCGUGCCUGGCAGACGUAAUGAAGAAAAGGUGAAGCCAUCUUUUUUCCGUGUUCAUCGUUUUUGUGCGAUAGCGGCCGCGGCGUGUGCGCGGGCAAGAGUGUUGGUGGUGUGUGCGUGCGUGCGUGUCUGUGUGUGUGCUCUGCCUGUGCGCAUGAGAGCGGAGACGGGGAAAGAGACGCUCGCGCGGCUUUGAGUGAAGUGAAAAAAGGAUAAGAAAACGUGGUUGGAAAGGAGUGGUGGAAGUUGUGUGGAGGCAAGCAGGCAGACAGGCGUGCGAAGAAGCGAGCAAGGAAGCGGCAGGAGGCGCGCCGAGGUGGUGUACUGAAAGAAAGGAAGCACGGGAGAGUUGAAAAAAAGACGGCAAUCGAUUGCUGGCGAGGCGAGCGAGCGAGUGCGUGUGUGUGUGUGUUGGUGGCGGUGUAUAGGUGCACGGCUGUCAGUGUGUGUGUGCAUGGUACCACCAUUUUAAUGUGCCAUCAUCGCAACAAUCGUACAGUACGCGCGAGUGUGUGUGUGUGUGUGCAGGGGGUAGCUGGUGGUGUGCUCGCUGAAAGGGAAGGAAGCGUAUCAAGUGGAAAAAUUAAGGCCUUUGAAGCCAACGAAAGUGUUGAGCUUGAUGGGAAUGGAAAUUUGGCCAGGAAAAUCGAAUACGCCCAGUGUUGAGUGGAUUGGUGUGCGAAUUGCUCACGGGUGGUGAAAUAUGUCCCAUGCCGAAGGUGUUGUAGCAUAAUUUGCAUCUAAAAUCGCGCGUCACAUCUUUUCCGUCACGUUCUGGAUUACUGUGUGCUGAAUGUGUUUGAGUGUGUGUGAGAGUGUGUGAGAGUGCGCGUAUGCUGCUGCUGGAAUCAUUAACAUACCCAUCUUUUACUGGGCCCAGCAGAAAAAAUAAAACCCUCCCCUUCAAACACACCCAUACCGGCAAUAGUGUGUGCGAGCAAGCAGACGGAAGAUUCGCGUAUCGCUGAGAAGCAGACGAGAGUGAGGAGUGAGAAGGGCGCUGCGAGAGCAGAAAACGCAGCAAUUAUCACCAGCAUAGUCUUGUUUGUGUUGGCUGUGUGUUUCAUAAUCGAACGCGAUUCCGUGCCCUCCGUUGUGUUUGUGUGUAUGUGUGCACGGUGGUGAUGCAAAGCAGCACGGCGUCCAUCUUCGACUGGGAGGAAAAGUUGUUGCAGUGGCAAUAUUAAACUCGGUCUGGAGCACUCGCUUUGAACUACGCCGCCGCCGCUACUGCUCCUACGGAUACCAACGUUCACCGUGACCCUCCAGCAGCGCGGGCACAGUGAUUUACGUUUGUUGGUGUGUGCGCAUCGCGUGAGUGAGACGAACGUUCAGUGUUGUGUACAAACGAAUGAAGACACUACGAAGCUCAGCGUCCCAGCAACAUUUCUUCGAAAGCAAUCGAAGCGGUCCUUUCACUUGGGAACCAAUUGGAAGAAACAUCCGCCGGAACAAAUCGCACCAGAAGGCAAUACCUUCGUAACAAAUCCAUUCACACACCCAUACCACGGAUUGUAAAUUUAACGCCCUCUACGAUAAAAAAAGUGUCGUACGCUUGUGCUCGUGUGGUGGUGAAUGGGACUGGCGGCAGUUGCAUCGGUGCCAGUGAAGAAAAGAUCCGAUGCAGUGGAAGAAAUGGCACCCGCUCUUACCGAGCCUCUAAGCCAAAGCAAAUUGUCCUCCUCGGCCGCGUCGGGUGCCUCUCCGCGAACGAGCAGCAGCACAACGACACCGGCUGCCACGACAACGUACGACGGUACGACCAUCAUCACCUCACCGGACAAUGCCCACGCCGAGUAUCACCAAACACAAGCGCAGCAACAGUUGGAACAGUUCGUAGAUGCACAGCAGCAACACCAUCAAUCGCUUGCGAUCGUUGACGCAGUCGAUGUUUCUGAGAGUGUAGUUUUACCUUCUACUACUACAGCAGCAGCAGCAGCGGCAGCACUACACGGCGGGAACGAGGGAACGGCCAUGAUGUCCCUGCCGUUGGGUGGUUCCAGCGACGGAGUUGUUGGCUCAACCAUUGUGGACGACAUACAGAACAACAAUAGCGGCGAGCAGGGUUUGAAACUGGACGCCGACUCUAACCGAGACCUGAUCGAGAUUGCCCUGGAGCAGCUGCAUCAAGAAGCGGCCAUGGGUGGCGCAGGAGGGAACGGAACUGAAGCGCCCGCGGUGGGACCGAUAGCAGUGGACAACGUGGUGGAUAUGGCUGUCGUUGCCUCCCACUCCGGUGUAUUGCCGGGCAACAUGUUGCAGCUGCAGGAACAGCAGCUAAUGUCGAUGGAGCUGCCGCCGACGCAAAUGAUCGUUGCACAGGACAAUUUUCAAGAUGCUCAACAGUUUCAGCAGCACCAGCAGCAACAGCAGCAACAGCAGCAGCAACAACACAUACACCAGCUGCCCAACAAUAUAAUGAGCAUCCCGCUCCAUGAUGCAACCCAACCGUCCUCCUCCCUCGUGGGGGUCAGCGGUGUCAGCGGUAACGGCGAGCAUGCCAUGCAGCUGAGGGAUAACAACGAAAUGGAUCAGAUGAUGCGCGAGUUGGCUACGAACGACAUUGAUCUGAUGCAGGUGUUUAAAAGCUUUGACCAGAACAGUCUGCUGCUUUUCGACGACGUGACGAAUCUGUGCGACGUGCCGGGCGCCGACGGCAGCCAGUCGCUCUCCUCGCCCAACAAGGAUCGCGAGCGGCUGGAGCAGCACGCGGAAAUCAUCAAGAUGCAGGCCCAGAUGCAGCGGAAACAGGACUUUCUGGCGCGGCGCCUCAGCAAGCUGACUGCCCGAUACAUGGGCCAGCACAUAAGCGAAGAGGUGGCCGGGCUGUUCGAGUACAGCCAGCGGUUCUGGAAAAAGCGCGAAAAGGAAACGGCCAAACAGCUGCACAACAUGAACAGCGGGCUGCCGGCCGCCGAGGGUACCACCGGCAGCACCUGUUGGCCCGACAUUAUCCCGUUUCAAGCGCCCCCGCCCGAUCCAACCCCCGAGAAGAUGAAACCCAUUUCGGCGAACGCGCUCAAAUCGUGCAUCAAGCGGCUCGAAUCGAUCGCGAACAAGAUCUGCUCGACGCAGAGCAAACGCGUCCUGAACAGUCGCUACUUUCAGGGGGUGAGCGGUAUCGGUACUGCCGAGGCAUCGCCGUCCACGAGUAGCAGUGGUGGUGUAUCCGAUCCGACCAAUGUCGCCAAUAUCUCCAACACUAUUCCGCUGUUCGAACGGUCGGCCACGCAAGAUCUGGAGCAGACGGCAGGCAUGCUGUAUGCCGAGCUGCGGCAGGUACAGGCCACCAUCGAUUCAGACGCCACGCUCAGCAGUUCCGGUGGCGAAUCGGCGGACGAAUCAUUACCAUACACGAACGAGAUGCAGGAACCGCUUCCAAUCAAGGAACGUGCCGCCUGGAGAUGGGCUAAUGAUCGCGCGUCCGUUGCAAGCAAGUGGACGUGGGUAGUGGCCCGUGUAGCGGAUCUGGAAUAUCGCAUCCGGCAACAUAACGAGGUGCUGUACAAAAUUCGCCAAAACAAGGGUCCUGUUGUGCUAGAGGAAACGCCCGGUGUCGAUGAUCAGCACCAGCAGCAAUCGGUAAAUGGAUAUCGGGGCCAAUUGCCGGGUAGCAGCAAACCCUCAACGUCGCACGUGACGAUCAGUGACGAAUCUGACGCCGAGAUGGUGCCCAGUUGUUCCCGGACGCGUCCCUACUGUCGGGCACGGUUCCGGAAGCGGAAGCUGAUGCAAACGCACAACAUGCACACCAUAUCGAAGCGUGCGGCCAAACCCAGUAAUGUCAAGUGCGGUUGCCAGUGGCCACUCCAACCCUGUGCCCUGUGCACGGGACGUACCGAUCCAACUGCGCUGAGGGAACCGCUGGACACGAUGACGUUCCCGGAACGUGUGGCACUGCUCGAUGCAAGCUUCCAUCCAGUAUUGAGUUUCCCAGAAGACAUUUCGCACAGCAUACAUCUGGAGGCAAUAAUGCGAAAGCCGGAAUGGCAAAGCAAAAUGAUUCGCAGCAAAGUCACACCUGCUAGUCUGCUAGAAUCGGUACCGGGAGCAACCGUACGCGGUGGGUUCUUCUCGUCUGGCGAUGAAAUGGCGCCAUCCUCCUCGCACGGCAAACGCUACGUCAGCUCGGACAGCAAGCGGAAGUACGAGUCGAUGACCAGUAAUAAGUACAAGAGUAACGAUCGCUACACGGGUGAUAGUGGGAAUAAAUCGAAGAAAGCCAAAACCAAGCGGGAUGUGAUAAUUUCGAAUAGUCGUAAAUCCGGCGCGGGUUACUCGUACGACAGCUCGCGGUCGGGCCCGAACGGGCACCGAAACAACAAGAACCAGCACGGUGUGAGCAAAUCGCGGAAAUCUUCCCAUUGUUAUGAGUACUACGAUGGCCAUGAGGGUGGCGUAAGUCGCAGCAGAAACACCUCACCAACGCCCAACAAUCGAAGCGAAAGACGGUAUCGUAACAGUGCUUACAACAUCGAUAGCAUCGUUAUUCCGAGCAUGCCCGCCUCUAGGGUGUCGCUACCACAAUACAAGGAUAUUGCUGUAAAAGUACGUAGCUAUUAUACGUUCGUGGCUUCGAUGGCAACCGAUCGAGCGAUACUCAAACUUGUUCUUCUUUUCUCACCUCAUCACAGGUGGCGUAUCAUAGACUACCAGGAAAAUGGGGACGAAUCGCUUACCAGUCAAAUGGAUGGCUCAGCAACCGCCAACGAACUUACGAUCGGCAUGGAGUUAUCCACGGAAGAAAAUCCGACUACGACGCCCGUGAAGGUUGACGGUGCGAUUCCCCCGAACGGCACGAAAACGACCACGCCGUCGGCGACGAUCGUGCCCACCACAGGGUACGUUGAGGCGGCGUAUCAGCAGCAGCAGCUGAUUGUGAUACCGGCACAGGACGAGGAAGACAUCUCGGAGGAAACGAUCAUGCUGAAGCACGACCGAGCAUUGCAGGAGGAGCGCAAAAAGUUCCGUUCGGUCCUGAAGUUCCCGUGGAGCCGACCACGCGCUAAGCGGCGCACUGACAGCCGGGCCGGGUCAAGCGGCGGCAAUACACCUGACCCGACGUCGCCUGCACCGCCAACGCCAAUGGUGGAUCAUGAUUCAUCGCCGGCUUGUCCAUCAACUCCACUAACUCCACAGGAUGGACAGGAGCUGUCCGAAGCAAAUGUUAUGAAUGCGCUUAACAAGAGUCUCCACAAGAAAGAACGCCGUAGGACGGUGUCAUCAAAACGCGAGGAUCAACAUGCUCAAGGAGCAGGAACCAUUACACCGGAUACGCGUGAGGUUGUUUCGCCCUAUGAAGCGCUGCAGUUCCCGCUAGCAGACGAUAUCUUCGAAGACAUGCUGCGUUCGAUGCCGAGCGAUCACCUGGACAACGACUGUCUCAGCAAGCUAACCGGACGGAAUGGUCUACCCUUCCGCCGUCCGCUGCAUCGCAACAACAACGUGCUGCUGAGGGUGAACUCGAGCGUUAAUCUGGCCCCGGCCAGCCUGGGCCUGAACAAUCAGAACGCGCUCAGCUCGAACACCUCGACGGCGACGACCCUGUCGGCGACCGAGACAGAUCUGGAAGACUUCGACGACGAGGAUCUGAUGCUGGCGAAGCGAAGGGAGCAGGAGCUGAUCAUGCAGCGGCUGCUGAACAGCCGCAAUGAGUCGCAGCAAUACGAAAUAGUGCCACCCUCCGCCAAACCGAUGCUCGACGACGACGAGGAUGCGAUCGACGACGAGGAAACGGAUACGGGCGAAUCGUUGUUCGUCGAGGAGGACGAUCCGAACGACCCGGAGUGGCACGACCGGCCAGCGGGUCGUGGUGGGGCAGGGGCAAGUGGCAGUGGUCCCGGAAAUGCCAGAGUUUAGCUGGAGAGACACAGCAGGGGGAUCUAAACUGUUAAGCUUAAGUAUGUUACGCUUCAUAAUGUAAGCGGCUAUUUUUUUCUUGUUUUUUUUUUUUACUACCAGUGAUCCCGUUGAGCUUUCUUGAUCGUUCUUCCGUGAUCUCUUUUACGGUGCGAAACGACCGUAAACAUCGACAGUGGAGAAGAAGUCAGUGAUAGGUAUGCGGGCAGAAAAGAAACGUGUUGUGCUUGUGCGUACAUAAAGUUUUGAGACAUGGCAGCACUCACGCAAGUGCGAAUAUAAUGUUCUGAAUAUCGCUCUAUAGAAGGCGUUAAGUAGCGGAUAGGGAUGAGUCUUCUUUCUUUUUUUAGUUAGGUUCGCAUGUUCGGAUCCAGAUGAACAAAUGAAUCGGGAAAGGAACAAAAUGCGUUUCUCUCUUGCGCAUCCUCUUUUUAACUUACCACCCGAACCAAGAUUUUAUGCAUGCACAAAACCACAAUCUUUGCUUCCUUGGUGUGUUUAUUUUCUACACCAUCUGCUCGGUUUUGUCUAAUUUGACAACGUUUCGUUUCUUCUUGCGCACGUGAAAACUAAUUUAAGUUUAAAGUUGUGGGAUCACACACAUAAUGCGUGUGUGAGUUUUUUUUUCCCCGAGGCACGUGUAUGUGAAUAGUAAAAGGAAGGUUAAGUUUGUUUAAUGCAUUUAAAUAUUCAUCGCGUGUCGAAGAAUUGAAACACCAUUCUAAUUAGCGUUUUACUUAAAAUUUCUGUUAAGCAGGGCUACUACGUGCGGACUCACACACACAAACAUCGAAUUUCAUCAAUAGCACUGUAAAUGUUCACGCGUAACGUGUUGAGAGUGGCCGAAGUUGUGAAUCAGAAUAAUGAAGAAUGGUUUGCUGUAAAUAGUGUAUG